AUGAUUUCAAUAGGUACCGACACAGGUGGAAGUGUUAGAGUUCCUGCAGCAUGCUGUGGUAUUUUUGGUUUCCGUCCUUCGCAUGGCAUUGUAUCUACAACCAAUGUCAUUCCUAUGGCUCAGAGCUUUGAUACUGUUGGAUGGUUUGCUAGAGACCCCAUCACCCUAACUCGAGUAGGCCACGUGUUGUUCCAAUUACCAAUUGAAGCUACCAAGCAACCAACUCGCAUUGUUAUUCCCGAAGACUGCUUCCAAUGCUUAAGUUCUCCAACUGACCAAAUUUCUCAUAUUCUCAAUAAAUCUAUGGAGAAAUUAUUUGGGAGCGAUAUUAUAAACCAUGAAAACCUUGGUGACUAUAUUCGCCAUAAAGUUCCAAGCUUAGGAAAGUUCAUGAGUAACACAUCUGAAAAUCAAACAUCUGGAAUACCAUCCUUGGCAGCUAUUUCACAUUCCAUGCUGCGGCUUCAGAGGUCUGAGUUCAAAGCUAAUCAUGAAGAAUGGGUCAAUACUAUCAAACCCAAUUUAGGUCCUGGGAUAUCAGACAGAGUUUCAGGAGCCCUUUCAGAAACAUCUGAAAACAUAGAAUGGUGUCGUGCCAUAAGAACUGAACUUCAUGCUGCCAUGUGUGCUCUUUUGGAGGAUCAUGGUGUCCUUGCAAUUCCUACAAUUCCUGGACCUCCACCUAAACUACGUCUGGAGCCUUCUGCAUUGGAACCUUACCAUGCUAGGGCAUUUAGCUUGCUCUCUAUUGCUGGAAUGUCCAGGUUUUGCCAGAUUAAUAUACCACUUGGAAUGCAUGAUAAUCUUCCUGUGUCGGUUUCUCUCUUAGCAAGACAUGGUGCAGAUCAUUUUCUUCUGAAUCUUGCCCAGGCUCUUUAUCCUACCCUUAAAGAACAAGCAAGCAUUGCCUGGGAAUUGGGUGACUGAAAUAAACCUUAGAAGUAAGUUUUGUACAUAUUAAUGUUUUAUCUUUUUGCUAAUAAAUGGUCUCUUACCUAAUCUCACUGUAAGUUGACAAUAACACUUUCAAGUGGACAACAGAGAUCAAGGGUUUAAAUAUGUAUGUGAAAUGUUAACACUCCUGUGGAAUGGUAAACAAAGAAAAUACUCAAAUCAUCCAGUCCAGAAGCUCAGAUGAGAAAUUUCUUUGCUGAUUAAGCUUGUUCUCUUGGAAUGAUGGAGUGGUGAAAAGGAAAAUAGGCAAAUCAGCCCAUCAAGAAGAUUAGAUGAGAAAUUACUUUGCUGGUUAAGCUGGGUCUCUUUGAUUGCUGGAAUAAUGAAAAGGUUGCUUGAGUAUACUUCGCCGUUCUUUCACUAACAUACAAAAUGGGCUAGCUGAAUUAGCUGAGAAAUCUGCUGGUGCUAGUUUCACACUGGUAUAAAGAAUAUGUUUCAUUGUGCUGCU